GCUGGGGAAAAUGUCCAGGCCUGUCAGGAACAGGAAGGUGGUCGAUUACUCUCAGUUUCAGGAAUCAGAUGAUGCUGAUGAAGAUUAUGGAAGAGAUUCAGGUCCCCCCUCCAAGAAAAUCCGCUCGUCUCCCCGGGAGGCUAAAAAUAAGAGGCGGUCUGGGAAGAAUUCUCAGGAGGACAGUGAGGAUUCAGAAGACAAAGAUGUGAAGACUAAGAAAGAUGAUUCACACUCAGCAGAUGAAGAUUUUGGCAGUGAAGAUGAUGACUUAGGAGCAGAUGAUGGCAAAGCUGACAGUGACUAUGAAAGCUCUCAAAAAAGCAAAAAAGGAAAAAAGGCUAAACCAGAAAAGAACAAGAGAGCAGCUUCCAAAUCCAGGAAAAGGCCUGCAGAGGACAGUGAGGAUGAGAAAGAAGACCACAAAAACGUGCGCCAGCAACGGCAGGCAGCAUCCAAAGCAGCCUCUAAACAACGAGAGAUGCUCAUGGAUGAUGUGGGUAGUGAAGAGGAAGAGCAAGAGGAUGAUGAGGCACAAUUCCAGGAGACAGAUUCAGGAAGUGAUGAAGACUUCCUCAUGGAAGAUGAUGAUGACAGUGACUAUGGCAGUUCAAAAAAGAAAAACAAAAAAGUCUCCAAGAAAUCCAAGCCAGAGAGGAAAGAAAAGAAAAUGCCCAAACCCAGGCUAAAGGCUACAGUGACCCCCAGCCCAGUGAAAGGCAAAGGGAAGGCAGGUCGCCCCACAGCUUCCAAGACAACAAAAGAAAAAACCCCAUCCCCCAAAGAAGAGGAUGAAGAGCCUGAAAGUCCCCCAGAAAAGAAAAAAUCAGCCAGCCCUCCUCCAGAGAAGUCAGGAGAUGAGGGAUCUGAAGACGAAGCCCCCUCUGGUGAAGAUUAAAGGGCAG